AUGCUCACCAAUAUUCUGUUCACAAUGUUUGCUAUUGUAAUAAUUCAAGCACAACUUGAUCUAGAUAAUUCUAUAAUAGGAAACCCAAAAAUCGACUGUAAACCGGAUAGUAUCACAUUCUCAUUCAACACCAAAAAUCCUUUCAGAGGGAAUGUAUACAUUCGCGGUUUCUACGACAAACCGUCUUGUCGAAAACGGUAUGAGGUAAUGUCUGCACAAGGCGGUUAUCUCUCAAUUCGUUUGAACGACUGCGGGAUGACAAGAAUGCGGCAGAUGAUGCCACGUGGAGUUUCUCUUCACGUCACGUUUGUCGCCAAUUUCCAUCCACUGUUUACGACGAAAGAAGAUCGUGCUUUCGAUGUCCGUUGUUUCUACGCUCAUCCAGAUUCUCAAGUAAAUACUGGAAUUGAAGUUGGAAAUCUUCCUGCCGAGACGCUUGAACAGGCGACGACAGCAACUCCGCGGUGCGAAUACAGUCUUCGCGAGACCAUUUUCGAUGGUCCGCGCGCCGGAAGUACAAGUGUCGGUCGACCGAUUGUUCAUCGAUGGGAUUGCGAUACCAAUGGAAAUUUCGGGAUUCUCGUGAAAAGUUGCACCAUUUCAAAUUCACGUAGCUCGGUGCCAUUUAUUGACGAACAUGGAUGCCCUAUAUCCCAAGAUUUUCCGCAAGUCGUCUAUCUUCCUUCUCUCACCUCUGCCUAUGUCAUAAUGGAAGCAAUUUCGUUUCCAGACCACGCCACCGUCGCGUUUUCAUGUCAAAUUGCAAUUUGUGACAAAACAACCGACGAAUGUCUUGGAAUCUCGCCUCCGCGAUGUAAUAAUCUUCCGAACGUACAAAGUUCUAUAAUUAUUGACAACAAUCUGCCACUGGAUAUUGACGGAAUUGGCAUUGAACCCUGGAUGAAAGAGCCAAGUCCAAUUGAUGAUAACAAUGAUACAUUGAUUGUGUUCUCAUCAACCACUGAAUUGCCAACACCUAUGCCAAGAUUGACAGAACUUCCGCCGCAUGAAGACAUGAUCGAAGUAAACCACGUUCACAGAGAAGCGCGGCAAAUUCGACUGGCACGAAAUGUGAUCGACGUGAUGUCUCCAGAGCUGUUUGUGAGCCCUAUACGAGACACUUCUGAGAAAAAAGCUCCGGAAUCAAACUGCAUUUCCGGAGAGGUGGAGCUACUUCAUGUUGGGUUACUUCAUCUGGAUCUGACAGUGGUUCCGAUUGAGGCAGCGGUGGUGGUGGAGGUCGAGGUGGAGGUGGUGGAGGAGGAAGAGGAUAGGUGCGAGGAUGGGGAAAUGCUUAAAAAUUGGAAUUUUUAA